AUGAAGUCCAUCAAUAUCGUCCUCUACUUGUCAAUAUAUUUGUCUUUACAUUUGCGCUGUUCUGAUGCUCAAACUUGGAUCAAAGCCGGUUACUGGUAUGCUGGCAGCGAGUCCCCCAUUCCUGACAUUAACUCUGCCUUGUUUACACACCUUAUAUGCGCUUUUGCUAAUGUCGACUCCUCCACAUACCAGCUUUCCAUCCCCUCAGCGGAUGAGCAAUACUUCGCCAACUUCACCGACAUUGUAAAACGCAGGAACCCAUCCGUUGUCACACUUCUUUCUAUCUGGAAUGGACAAGUUGCAACAGCUCAAUCCAUCUUGGGUGACAAAGUUAACACUUCAGUAUUGUCUUCAAUGCUCAGCCAAUCUUCCCAUAGAAUAUCUUUCAUUCAAUCUUCAAUAAAAACAGCAAGACAAUAUGGUUUUCAAGGCAUAGACUUGUUCUGGCUUUGGCCUAACACAGCCUCAGACAUGACCAACAUGGGAGUUAUGUUGGAUGAGUGGCGAGCUGACGUGAAUUCUGAAUCUAGAAACACUAGCCAAGCACAAUUGAUAUUGACAAUGGCUCUUCGUUACUUGCCAGCUUUCGAAUUCGGGAGUUACCCAUUUGACUCAAUACAAAAAAAUAUGGAUUGGGCUCAUAUUGUGGCAUAUGACUAUCAUCUGCCUUCGAAAGAGAACUUUACACAUGCUCAUGCUGCUUUAUAUGAUCCGUCAAGCCAUGUCAAUACUGAUAAUGGUAUAAGGCAGUGGUUGGCUGAAGGGUUUCCAGCAAACAAGUUGCUUUUAGGUUUGCCGUACCAUGGCUACGCUUGGACGCUUGUGAAUCCCAAAGAAAAUGCCGUCGGUGCACCCUCAUCAGGGUUGGCCGUAACACCAGAUGGCAGCAUGAGUUACAAGUACAUCAAGUGGUACAUUCGAAGUUAUCGUGCUACAUCAAUAUUUAAUGCCACUUAUGUUGUGAAUUACUGCAUUAUUGGAUCCACUUGGAUUAAUUUUGAUGAUGUGGAGGCUAUCAGAGCUAAGAUUGCUUAUGCUAAGGAGAAGAAGCUACUUGGUUACAAUGUGUUCCAGGUCAUUAAUGAUGACAAUUGGGUGCUUUCUCGGGCAGUGUUUCCUCAUGUGGCCUUCUUUGCCACAAUGGUAACACUUCAUGUUACCCUUCUGCUGGUUCCUGCUACUGCUGGACCUUCCACGUGGCUAAGACUUUCCUCUGUUUCUGCCUCCACUUCUCCCUCUAUCAUUACCUUGAGGCAUUUCUCUACUUUCGGUGAUAAGGACAUGAGAUUGAUUCAUACUCAUCUCUUUUCGUCUAGCCUCCUCAUUGAACAAGACAUCAUUAACAAUCGUCAUGUUACCCACAGAAGGUUGAGCAGCAAGCAGUUAUUGUACAAUGACUACUUGCUAGAGCAAGGACUUCAACAAACUCAAGAUGAAGAAAAUGGUCAUGGAAACAAGCAAAAGUUAUUGUUAAUAAUUCUCCUUCCAAUUGCUUUGAUCAUAAUCCUUGUAGUCUUCAUGAUGUGUUGUGUACAAGGCAGAGUACUGAAGUUAAAAGGCAUAAUUCUUUUUGGCAAAAGAGGUCUAUCUAGACCCAUAACCAAUCCCCCAUCUGCUGAAAAUCUUGAUAGCAGCGUUCCGCAUCUACAAGUGUUCAGCUUUUCUAUGAUCACAGCCAUUACAAAUAACUUUUCAAGCGCAAACAAGCUUGGGGAGGGUGGUUUUGGCCCUGUGUACAAGGGUGAGUUACCAAGAGGGCAAGAAAUAGCAGUGAAGAGACUUUCUAAAACUUCCACUCAAGGACAUGAAGAGUUCACAAAUGAGGUUACUCUUACCGCCAGACUCCAACAUGUAAAUUUAGUUAGACUUCUAGGAUUUUGCAUAGAGAAUGAAGAAAAGAUGCUGAUCUAUGAGUACAUGCCAAACAAAAGCUUGGAUUUCUACCUCUUUGAUCCUAUCAAAAGGCAUAUCUUAGAUUGGAGAAAACGUGUUCACAUCAUUGAAGGGGUUACUCAAGGGCUUCUAUAUCUGCAAGAAUACUCAAAUUUUACCAUAAUUCAUAGAGAUCUCAAAGGUAGCAACAUUUUACUAGACAAUGAUAUGAAUCCAAAGAUAUCGGAUUUUGGUAUGGCUAAACUUUUUGGGAAAGAUGAACAUGAAGCAAACACAGGCAGGAUUGUUGGAACAUAUGGCUAUGUUCCUCCAGAAUAUGUUAGGAAAGGAGUAUACUCCAUGAAGUAUGAUGUCUAUAGCUUUGGAGUUCUGCUUCUGCAAAUCAUAAGUGGCAAGAGGAAUUCAUGUUCUUAUGGACCAAACGAAUCAUUGAGUCUUCUAGACUAUGCGUAUGAGUUGUGGAAAGAAGAUAAAGGCAUGGAGUUUAUUGAUCUCUUACUUGAUGAUUCCUCUUCAUCUUUCAAACUCAUGAGAUGCUUGCAAGUAGCACUCUUAUGUGUCCAAGAAAAUCCGGUGGAUAGACCAACAAUGUUGGAAGUUUAUUCAAUGCUUAAAAAUGAAGUUGCUCCUAUUCCUACACCUAAAAAGCCAGCAUUUUCAAUAAAAGCUGAUGAAAUUGUGGGGAGCAGUUCUCAAUCACAGCAAGGAAGUUAUUCGGCUAGCAGUUCACAAAUUUCCCAAGUAGUUGAGGAAGAACCAUCACAGAAAAGCCUAACUUGUGCUUCAACUGGGACACAUGAAAUAUCGGAUGAACCUAAGAUGAAGUUGGGAGGUCCAAACUAUAUGCAACGGUUCCAACCUUAUGGAGCACUCAAAAAGGUCCGUAAAAUCUCAGAGCCAACUUCAAGGAAUGACGUUAAGCCACCGAAGACUAUCUCCACACGAGUGGUCCCUGGCAUGUAUGACACAAGCCGCAAAGGUGGAACCCCCUACAAAGCUUGGAAUGGAGACAUAUUCGUGGAUGAAUGCACUGAGCCUCAGAUUGUCCAUCCGUUUGCGGAUGAUAGGCAGUGCUGUGACAUAGCUGGACAUCAUGAAGCUUAA